AUGGCGACUACAGAAGAAGGCCGGCUGAUUCCGGCUGAAGAGAUAACUGAACAAGCACCGUUGCUGAGAAGAGAGGGUGACGAAGGCGUGAGAAACUCGCAUCCGCGACUCUCCGGAGCUCGCUCCACGAUUAUUAUACUGGGACUGACUGGUGUCACCUUCCUAAGCUGCGUGUCUAACGGACUUCUUGUCGUCGGACUGCCUGCAAUCGCCUAUGACCUUGAGCUUCCUGAUCAUCUUUUGUUCUGCGGAUGUGUUCUCUUGCUCGCCGGCUCCUUGGCCGACAUCGUUGGUGAUCGGUCGAUUAAUAUCUUGGGUACUGCAACCACAGCUCUCGCGAUCCUUGGUACGGGCCUAUCUCGCACCGGAAUGGAGAUGAUCAUAUACCGUCUCGUUCAGGGUGUCGGCGUCUCAAUGUGUCUGCCAACCGGAGUCAGCAUCAUUACGAGGUCGUUUCCUCCCGGACCCCAGCGCAACAUCGGAUUCGCUAGCCUGGGCCUAUCCCAACCACUUGGCUUUUCUGUCGGCAUGGUUGCCGAGGGGCUCUUUUCAGAGGCCCCCGGAGGCUGGAGACUGGGAUUCUAUGGUAGUGCCAGUGUCGCACUGGUCCUCACUAUAUCAAACUUCCUUGUCCUACCAUUUGAUAACAAACAAUCUACCUUUAAAUGGGGCGACCUCGUGGGCAAGGUCGAUUGGGUUGGAAUACUGAUUGCUAGCUCUUGCAUGGGCAUUAUUUCCUAUAUAUGCGCUAUUCUCACAGACGACGUUGCCAAUAUCCAGAAUGCCGCUCACAUAAUACUUAUUGUGUUUGCUCUGGCCCUGAUGCCAGCAUUUGGCCUCUGGAUGCAUUGGCAAGGAAAGAGAGGCGCACCAGCAUUGAUACCCAACUCGAUGUGGAAGAACACUGUCUUUGUUUCCAUCAGCUUGAUAGUAUUCUUCACUUGGGCUGUCAUAUUAAGCUCUGAGCUAGUACUGAGUUUAUUCUUCCAAAAAGUCCAGCUGUUGUCUCCAUUUGAUACUUCCAUCCGUCUUCUGCCCAAUGUCAUCAUUGGCAUUAUACUCAACCUUAGCACCGGACUAUUCGUCCACCUGGUCCAAGUCAAUUUCCUAGUCAUUGUAGUGUCUAUAAUCGCAGCAAUUGCCCCGCUGUUGAUGGCCAUCAUAGACCCAAACUGGAACUACUGGGUCUGUGCGUUCUGGGGAGUGCUCUUGGGACCAGUGGCUAUCGAUGUUGUAUUCACUAUCGCCCAUUUGAUGAUCACAGAUAUAUUCCCGAGCUCCACCCAGGCUCUCGCUGGCGCUGUGUUCAACACCAUCGCCCAGCUUGGAAGCUCCGUUGGUCUCUCUGCCAUUGCAGUCAUUUCAGCUGCGGUAGAAAAGGCCUCACCUUAUCCGGAUCAAUCGCCCGAGGCCAUCAUGGCUGGGUACAGGGCCGCAUUCUGGGCCUGCUUCGGUACCAUGUUGUUUGUUGCGUUCAUUGGCCUUGUCGGACUCCGGAAUGUGAGGAAGCUUGGGGUCGGAGACGAUCACGACCGAAAUUAG